AUGUCUGGAUCAGUCAUGGCAAAGAGUUGGGGAAAGCCAACUGUGUUCAAAAAUGAUAGAGACCCUAUGUUUGGCAAUGGUUUGGUCAUGGUUGAAGGAGAUGAGUGGGUUCGCCAGCGACAUGUCAUUACUCCUGCAUUCAAUCCAAUCAACCUGAAGGUUAUGGCAAGCUUAAUGGUGGAGUCAGCCACUAAUAUGCUAGAUAAUUGGACUACCUUCAUUAAUUUAGGAAAACCAGAGAUUGAUGCAGAGAGAGAAAUUAUAAAAACAGCUGGAGAGAUCAUUGCUAAGACAAGCUUUGGUGUAAGUUACAAAACUGGCCAGAAUGUGUUAGAAAAACUAAGAGCCCUGCAAGUGACUCUCUUCAAGUCUAACCGUUUUGUGGGGGUCCCUUUUAGCAAAUUCUUUUUCCCUAAGAAAACCCUAGAGGCCAAAAGACUUGGCAAGGAAAUCGAUCAACUGUUUUUAUCAAUCAUAAACGAUCGAAAAAAUUCGAUUAAAGGGAAAACUCCACAAGACUUGCUAGGCAUAUUGCUUCAAGGGAGUCCUGUUGAUAGUCGAUUAGGAAAGACAUUAUCACAGCAGGACUUAGUGGAUGAGUGCAAGACUUUCUUCUUUGGAGGACAUGAGACAACAGCAUUGGCAAUCACGUGGACAUUGUUACUUUUGGCCAUGAAUCCAGAGUGGCAAGACCAGUUGAGAGAUGAGAUCAGAGAAGUUGUUAAAGAUGGAGAGAUUGAUGUUAAUACGCUUGCUGGACUAAAGAAGAUGGGAUGGGUGUUAAAUGAGGUUCUUCGGCUUUACCCAUCAUCACCAAAUGUACAAAGGCAAGCAAGAGAAGACAUUCGAGUGGAUGACUUAACAAUUCCUAAUGGAACCAACAUGUGGAUUGACGUGGUGGCCAUGCACCAUGACCCGGAACUCUGGGGUGAGGAUGUGAACGAGUUCAAGCCAGAGAGGUUCAAGGGUGACAUGUAUGGAGGGUGCAAGCACAAGAUGGGGUAUCUGCCUUUUGGGUUUGGAGGAAGAAUGUGUGUUGGUAGGAACUUGACUUUUAUGGAGUAUAAGAUUGUCCUUACCCUAAUUCUCUCUAGGUUUUCUUUUACCCUCUCCCCAACUUACACUCAUUCUCCUACUAUUUUGCUCUCUCUAAGGCCUAAGUAUGGACUGCCUCUCAGAUUUCAACCCCUUUAGACCAACUAGUUCGGCAUACCAACACCAACCGAUUACUUUAUUGUUCUAGCUAGUAAAAUAUAAACCACAUGAAGCAUUUGUCUUUCUUUUAGCUUGAAAUAUAUAUGUUGAAUGAAAAGAAUUUAUUAAUUACUCCCAAAACCAUUCUGUGUAUCUUCACCUACAUUAUGUUAUGG